AUGGACCCGGAAAAGACAUCCCAGCGCCACCAUGGCGAUAACGACUACCUUCCCGCCCCGGAACCCGACUACAGCAACUAUGACUACCCCCUCCCCAGCAAGACCGAGAGCGCGGCCCACGAUGGCGCGGCCGCAACUAUCGGAAACGACCUGAUUCCCUCCGUCUCCAACGCCAUCGCCAACGCCGGGGGGAACCCUUACAACGGCAAUGACGGCAAGGGUGACUUUAUUCACCGCACCCCGUCGGCCGCCGGGACCUACUCCACUACUGCCGAAGAAGAGACCUACCCCGAAGGCGGGCUGCGGGCGUGGUCUGUCGUCUUAGGUUCGUGGCUGGCCCUUUUCUCCGCGCUGGGCAUCAUGAACAGCAUCGCCGUGUUCCAGACCUAUGUUGCUACCCAUCAGCUGCAGGGAUACCGCGAGGGAACCAUCGGAUGGAUCUUCUCGCUGUACACUUUCCUCUGUUUCUUUGGAGGAAUUUACAUCGGCCCCGUGUUUGACCGGUGGGGUCCGCGAUGGCUUGUCCUUUCCGGGACAGUGUGUCUUGUUAUUGGUGUCAUGCUCUUGAGUAUCUGCACACUGUACUGGCACUUUAUACUCGCCUUUGGUGUCCUUUGCGGCCUUGGUAGUUCGCUUGUCUUUACACCGUCCAUCGCCGCUGUAGGCCACUGGUUCAAGCGCCGCCGAGGUUUCGCGACCGGCAUGGCCUCGACUGGCGGCUCCAUUGGCGGCAUCGUCUUCCCCCUGAUGAUGCAGUCCCUCUUCCCUCGCAUCGGCUGGGGCUGGACUAUCCGUGCGGUAGGCUUCAUCUGCCUCUUGCUCUGCGGCGCUUCCAACUUUCUAAUUCAGUCUCGGCUGCCGCCCGCCCGCAACGCGAGCCCGCACCCCGAUCCUCGUAUUUUCAGGUCUACAGCGUUCAGUCUAACGACUGCAGGCAUCUUCUUGAUGGAGUUUGCGCUCUUCAUCCCGCUGACCUACAUCUCGAGUUACAUGCUCAGCCAGGGCUUUAGCGAGUCUUUCGCAUUCCAGAUCUUGCCUAUUCUCAACGCGGGCAGUGUCUUUGGGAGAGCCUUGCCCGGUUGGUGGGCUGAUAUCGCAGGUCCAUUCAACAGCAACAUGGCCGCCAUCGUGCUUUCCAUCAUUGCGUGUCUUGCCAUCUGGCUGCCCGUGGGAGGGAGUGCGGCAGGCGUGAUUGUGUUCGCUGUUCUGUUCGGUUUUGCAAGCGGCAACAACAUCAGCAUCAGUCCCGUGUGUGUCGGCAGGCUGUGCAAGACGCAGCACUACGGCCGAUACUACUCAACCACCUACACCGUCGUCUCAAUCGCGUGCCUCGUCGGUAUCCCCAUCGGCGGAGAGAUCGUCACCGCAACGGAUGGCAAGUACUGGAGCCUUAUUCUCUUCACGGGUUUGAUUUAUGUAUUGGCACUGGUGGCGUUGCUUGCUGCCAAGAUUGUGUGCGUGGGAAAGAACAUCUUUGCAGUGUUCUAA